AAAAAAGGUGAUUUCAUGAUUUGUGUGUGAUUGAAAUUUUCAAUAUGGAAAUAUUUUGGUGAUGUAAAAUGUGUCUCUUUUUGAGUAUUUAAUUCACAUUUCACGUGUUUGAAUAAUUAUUUAAUGACUGCUUGAUGCUUCGUUAUACGUAGUAAUUUUGAAUGUGAAUCGCAUCAAUCGAAGUAAACGGUAUCCAUUUAUUGUGCUUGUACGUUAUCGCUUUCUUGGAAAGAGUUGCUGUGUGUUACGAAAACAUGUUUCAAGACCGUAAAGAUCUACUGCAAAUGCAAUCGAGUAAAUUGGAAUCAUCCAAUGAAUUAGAUGCGGCCGAACAAUUUGUUAAAAUAUAUUAUGAGAAAUUGGAUAAACAACAACACCAAAGCAUAGCUCGACUCUAUCUUCCCGAAGCACUGUUUGUAUGGAAUGGGAUAUCGAACGUCGGACCAGAUAAAAUCCAGCAGUUCCUGACCCAGCUACCUCCGUGUACCCACACAAUAUAUUCCUUCGAUAUGCAGCGCAUACAUGAUAACAAUAACCCUGUACCCAAUCAGAAAACUUAUGUUAUCAAGACCGGAGGACAAGUCAGGUUCAAAGAUCACCCUCCUAAACAAUUCUUCCAAACCUUUUUUACUGUCUCGGAUCGAGAAAAGUACCGGAUAUCUAUUGAUAAUUAUCGCUGCCUCGGUGGUACUCCUUGAAUCAUGGACAAGAAGCGAUGCUGAUGUAAUAUAUAUUUUCAAUAUUUCGAUGGAAUCUGAAAAAUUCGAGUUUACCGGAGAAUUAUUUUUGAUAUUUUGAAUGCUGCAAUCUGACUAAUUAUUUCACCAUUGGUAUCUAGUUCCGGUAACUUUCGUUUGACGUAAAACAGAACGAAUCAAUGUGUAAUUUAUCUAAAUUUAGUUGACAAUGUUAAAAAAAACCCAUUAUUGCGAGUUAUUACUCUUAAUAAGACAAUUUUUUAAGAUAGGUGUAUUCUGAAUGAAAUCGUCUACACAAUUUAACUCGUACGUACUUGAGAAAUCUACGAGUCAUGGUCUAUGUGUAGGAGACCACUUAAUUGCUUCUUUCGUACAAUAAAUUUAUCAAACGGUU